CUCCUUUUCACAAACACUUGUAGGAAAUCAGACUGGGCGCUUCCUGUGAGGAGGAGGAGGCAAGGCAAGGCCUCAGCUGCAGGGGCGGGGAGAAGUGGGGAGCGAUGCUUGUCUGUGAGCUGAGGCGGUUCUGGCUGGCAGAGCAGUCUGGAGGCGGUCCAGGGUGCUGUGAAGGCAAGGGGCUCCCCAGGUUUGAAACAAAGACCUUGUGGGCAGCUCCCCUGAGCCCAGGCUGGCAAGAUGGUGGUGUAGUCCGAGUGAGCAGGCCACAGGCAGAAUGGCUGGCACUGAGAGGAGCCACCUGUGACUUGGACCCCCAGCUGUGGCUCAGGUGCAAAGAUGAAGUGGCCCAGGUGAAGCCAGGCCAGGGCCCAUGGCCAGCUCAGGGACAGAAGCACACUGGGAUGGGCCAGGCCUGGGGCAAGGGCCCCGCAGGCGCCGCUGGGCUUGGGCUGAGGAGCAAGAUGCAGCUGGAAGCAGUGACCACGGCUGGGGACACAAACAGUCUCUUCCUAAAGCCACCAGCCCUGAGCUCCUGGAGGACUUCCGCCAAGCACAGGAGCAACCACCACCCCUGCAGUGGGACCCAGACAUGCAGGACUCCGAAGAGCCUUCUGAAGAAGAAACAGAAGCUGAUGAUGCGAGCAGCCCAGAAGGUUCCACCAUGCCUCUGUCCUGGCUCUCCAGGCACAAUCAACAGUUGGACCAGUCUGAAGAGGAGCUGCAUGAGGUCCCUGGAAGCCCUGAGGUGGAGGUAGGUGGAGAGAGUUGCACGGAGCUGGAGUGUGAAGACCAAGGAGUUUCCAGCCCUGCAGCUCCAGGACAGGAACCAGCCAGAGACUGGGUAACCACUAUCAAACAAGGCAGUGCGUACAGACCUUUAGAGCAUCCCGAGGCCCAUCCGUCUGUUGAACACAGUCCCACAAAGUCUUGGAGCAGUGGAACCGUGAGCCUUGGUCAACCUAGUGACAGCCUUGAUUCUAUCUGGGAAGGAGACCCUGAUGUCCUCCAGGCUGCCACCCUGGCCGAUGCCCUGCCACAGAGUCCACAGCACAGCCUCCCACUGCCAGAUGACAGAAAUGGAGGUGACGUUGCUCUGGCAACACCCAUAGAAUUCCGGCACUCCUUAGCAGCACCAGCCCAGAAUCCUCAGCGCUCUGCAGGCACAUGGGGCCAAGAAACCACCAGCUUGUCUAGCUCUCGGCCCGAGGACAGGACCUGGAAGAGAAUUAAGCCAUCACCUAAGCCACUGCCUUCCCGGUUUACUGGUUCUAUUAGCCCCCUGAACACUCGGCUUGGGGCAGUAAAGAAAGUUGUGUCACAGCGCAAUCGAGGGGCCAAUAUGGCUGGCCACUCUUCUUCAGAUGCCUCCAAGUAUGGCCGGGGGCGCCUCAACUACCCACUCCCUGACUUGUCCAAGGUGGGGCCCCGAGUGAGGUUUCCCAAAGAUGAGAACUACCGACCCCCCAAGUCUAGAGGCCACAAGAGGCAACAAGACCCUACCAGACCCCUAAUCUUCAAGUCGCCAGCUGAGAUAGUUCGGGAUGUACUGCUGAGUGGCGGAGAGCCAUCCCUGGCCAACGACUCUUCCCUUGCCCACCCGAUCACCAGGGUGCCCCAGGAAUUCCAGACACCUGAACAAGCCACUGAGCUGGUUCAUCAGCUCCAGGAGGACUAUCACAAGCUCCUCACCAAGUACGCGGAGGCUGAGAACACUAUCGACCAGCUUCGUCUUGGGGCCAAGGUACAUCUGUAUUCAGACCCACCCCAGCCCAGUCAGAGCAUCCGCUCUGGGUCAAUGCCACAAGGAAACAAGGUCUUGUCCUUCUCUAUCCCGCAACCCAGAUCAGCAGAGUGGUGCCCUAGCCCUGCCCAGGAUCCACAGGCCUCUGAGGCCACAAGGUGGCCGUCCCCACGAGACCUGAGUCCCUCCUCGUCCCCCAGCAUGACCACUCCAGGGCGGCUUCCUCAGAGCCAGGGCAUUGCCACAGACCAGCCCUCCACAGGACAGACCCAGGCACUAACUUCUCAGGCCAGUCGGCUCCUGGCCAAGGUGGAAUCCUUCGAGGAACUGGUACUGGCCGGACAUCUCCCACCCCAGGAACAAAUCAAGAGCUUGGAGCAACUGAGGGCAGCCCACGUGGCCCUAGAGGCAGAGUACCUGCAGGCCUGCAGAGAGCGGCACCAGAACCCACAGCUUGGUGCCUCCCAGGGGAGUCCCAGGACGCUCCAUCUCUGCAGGGAGCUGGAGGCCGAGAUAUACCACCUGGGGCAGCGCCUGGAAGAGCUGCAGGACCAUAUGGGCCGGGACCAAGGAGAGCCAGAGCCAUGCAGGCCAGACCUGCGGGACAGCACCCCAGCCAUGCCCUUCCUGACCCGGCCAGCCCAUCUGCCUUCAGGACCAGUCCCCUCACCAGCUGUCCACACCCACCCUGAGCCUGCUGCCGCUACCAUUUCCCCUGGAAGCUCACACAUGCUCCCCAUGAACAAAGAGGUGAGCCCGGGCAGCAUGAAGACAGAGGAAAGCCCUAGAGACCUCCCAGACCCACUCAGGGACAGGGAGCUUCAGGCGGAGCAGGACUUCCAUGGCCUUCUGGAGCAAUACCUCAGUGUGAAGUCCCUCCCUGAAGUCUUGAGGGUGGAAGAUGAAGAGGACCUGGGAGAGGAGGAAGAGGAGGAGGAAGAGGAGCAGGAUCAUCAUGGCACCUUGGAAGUUGAUGGUCCAGCCACAGCUCUAGGGAAAGCAGAAGCCAUGAGGAUACCACCAGGACAGCUCCCAGCACAGGCUGAGGAAAGCCAUCGGGCUGCUAUCCAGGAAGAUGAGGAGCAGGUGAUAUCCAUGAAGCCACCAAACUUCCGGACAUCCAUGGCCAGAGAUAGGUACACACCAGGCCUGGAUCCAGCUGAAGUGGCUCAGCGAGGCACCAAAGCCGUGGUGUCACAUCAGAGCAGCCUGACCAGCCUGGAAGAGAGUGGGCCCUCAGGGCUCCUUCCCCGCAAAGCUCUACUUCGGGCUGGUGGGCCCCACAUUGAGGAGCCCUGGAUGGUAUCACCAGAGACAGACAGUGGCUUCGUGGGCUCAGAGACCAGCAUAGUGUCACCCUUCACCCAGACCCCAGAGCACCGGCUUUCCCAUGUCAGCACUGUAGCGACAUCUGCUCAGCACGUCCCUGCCUCUGUGCCUGCUGAUGGAGCCUCCCAUCCCAAGGCCAGGGGUUCUGUGGUUCUCAGAAGAGUCACUGAGGCUGGCACACCCAGAAGCCUAACCCAGCGGCAUCCCUCCGGCCCAAACAGCUCUCUCUGGCAAGGGGCACAGAGCUCUCCUCUGGAGCAGGCACCAGAGGCUACCAUGGCGCGUCCCAGGUCCGAGUUCAAAAGACAGAAGCAGAUUUCCAGACAUCUCCUUCCUAGUGGAACAACCAGCCCAGACCCUGCCCCAAGCCCCUCCACAGCUGCAGCCAUGCCCCAUGGACCAGCAGAGAGCACUGCCAACCUCCUCCUCACCAGGACAAAGCGCGACCAGGCCAUCAGGGAUCUACAGGCGGAGGUGUCACGGCUCCGCCUAAAACUUGAGGACAGCCUGCACCGGCCACACCCAGGCAGCGCAUCUCAUGGAGCUUCUGAUUUCAACCAGUCUACUCAGACCGAGGAAAAGCUGGAGGAUUCCUCACCCUCUUGGAGCUCUCACUACGGCAGUAAAUCCUCUGAGAGGCUGUGUGCGGAGCCUCAUGGUAUCGAGCCAGCUGGGCCAAGAGGAAGACGGCGAGCCAGGUCCUCCUCGGUGCCUCGGGAUGUACCCAGACUGUUCCUAAGUUCAAAAUCUGAAUCCAUUUCCCCUCGGCUGUCAUCUGAGAAGAGCAAGACCUAUAAAAAACCUCUGCAGGCUGCACAGGAAGAGACAAGACCAGAGGGCAGCCCAAAGCAGACGGAAAGAAUCUCCUUCCGGGGUCAAUACACGGGCCAGGAGUACCACAUUCUGUCACCCAAGGCUGUCCUGAAGGAUAGUGGCACGGCCUCCUGUCCCCACUGCCAGCCUAUUAGGACCCAGGGUGCAGGCAGCGCCAUCUCCAGGGAGCCACGCGGACCCUCUGCUGCUGACACCCUCCGCUGUCCCCUGUGUGGUGAAGUCAAGUCCACUGCAGAAACAGACGGCCCCAGCUCAGGCCCCUCGGGGAAGAGCACCCCAAGAAAAGCUGCACCUUCCACUCCCAGCCCCAAGCAGAAGAACAGGUCGACGGGCUCACCAGUUCAAAUGCCCCCUGGAUUCUGGUACCUAGCUGCUGCAUCCCCAGCCCCGGCCCCACCAGCCUUGGCCUACAUCUCCUCGGCUCCCAUCAUUUCUUACUCACCACCCACUGUGUACUACGCAACCCCAGCACCUACCUCAGCCCGGACAGCCUCCCCACAGCCUGCCCGGAGAUCUCGGGGAAGCCGGCACUCUGUCCAUCUGGGUCUGAGUGACCUGGAGGAGCUGCAGGCUGCACUCAGCGAGGCUGCACGGGCCGCUGAGAACGUGCGCUCCACCACCCGCCAGCUGAGCCGCUCCCUGUCUGCCGACCUGCGCCAAGCCCGGAGCCUGCGAGGUUCCUGCCUCUUCUGACUCCCUGGAUGGAGACUCCAAGAUUGAGGAGGCAGGCAGCCACUGUUGGCCCCCAGGCAACGGUCUCCUGGA